AUGAACGGAUCUCAUCACCUCAUCUCGUCUCUGGCCGUCUGGCUGAACUCCAGUGGAGAUGCGGAGGGUUCUAACAGUUCUAACGAGGAGCCCAACGGGACUGCGGCGGCGGCAACGGAGGUUCUGUGUGAGCAGGUGCAGAUCCGUGCGGAGGUGUUCCUGGCCCUGGGGAUCGUGAGCCUGCUGGAGAACGUUCUGGUGAUCUGGGCGGUGGUGAAGAACCGGAACCUGCACUCGCCCAUGUACCUGCUGCUGUGCAGCCUGGCGGCGGCGGACAUGCUGGUCAGCCUGUCCAACGCGCUGGAGACCGUCGUCAUAGCGCUGCUGCAGAGCCGCCUGCUGUUGCUAGGGGACCGCUUCCUGCAGCUCGUCGACAACAUCUGCGACUCCAUGAUCUGCAUCUCGCUGGUGGCGUCCAUGUGCAGCCUCUCGGCCAUCGCCGUGGACCGCUACAUCACCAUCUUCUACGCCCUCCGCUACCACAGCAUCGUCACGGUGCGCCGUGCUCUGGCAGCCAUCUGUGGCAUCUGGCUGGUGUGCGUGGUGAGCGGCGUGGUGUUCAUCGUGUUCUCGGAGAGCACGACGGUGGUGGUGUGUCUCAUCGCGCUGUUCUUCGCCAUGCUGCUGCUGAUGGCCACGCUGUACGUCCACAUGUUCCUGCUCGCCCGCAUCCACGCCCAGCGCAUCGCCGCCCUGCCGCCCGCCCCCGAGACCGGAGGGCACCACCACCACCACCGCGACGACGACCCGCCCGGCAACGACCCCGGCAACGACCCCGCCCCCAGGCCAUUGCCGCGGCGACGCACGGGCAUGAAGGGCGCCGUCACCAUCAGCCUGCUGCUGGGCGUGUUCGUGUGCUGCUGGGCGCCGUUCUUCCUGCACCUGCUGCUGCUGCUCACCUGUCCCGGGCGCCCGCCGUGCCGCUGCUACAUGGCACACUUCACCACCUACCUGGUGCUCAUCAUGUGCAACUCCGCCAUCGACCCGCUCAUCUACGCCUGCCGCAGCCACGAGAUGCGCAACACCUUCAGGGAGAUCCUGUGCUGCUCUGAGCAUACUGUUCUGUGCUUGUUUAGUUUGGUCUCUAGCCAUGGUCAUGAUAAUUGUUGA